CAAGGUUUGCUAGCUAACUGGUUUCAUCCGUCUCACUGACAAGUUAGCUUACCUGCACAGCUAAAUUAGUAAAUGCAUUACUAACCAAAGUCCCUAAACUGUUAAGUUAAAUAGCUAGCACAAUCUGUAACUUAUUGUUUUAGUUUUGCUAGAACACAACGUUGGUGUGUUUCUAUGUACAGUAUCGAUACUUUGCUAAGUCCCUUUGAAAUGAAAGCGGGAGUGGUGCAUUGCCGUUGCUCAAAGUGCUUCUCGGUGCCGACAAAGAGGCGAGUAAGAAAGCGUCCCCCUUCCCUGACGUUGCUGUCCCUGCCUGACGAGGUUCUCCUGUGUGUGCUCCAGUGUCUCUCCGCUGAGGAUCUGCUGUCAAUCCGAGCUGUGCAUUCCAGACUGCGUGACAUCAUCGACGGUCACUCCAGUGUGUGGGCCAGGGUCAGCUUUAAGGACAACUGGCCGGCUCCACAGAGCGUCUGGCUCUUUGAGAGAGCGGCGGAGAAGGGGAACUUCGAAGCGGCUGUGAAACUGGGUAUCGCUUACUUGUACAACGAAGGACCGUCGCUGAGCGAUGAGGGCCGGGCGGAGGUGUGCGGCAGGAAGGCGGCCUGGUUCUUCGGCCUGGCGGAGAGCCUGCGGCCCUCGGGGGCCGACCCCUUCGUCUGGGUGUUCAUCCGGCCGCCGUGGUCGCCCUCCGGGAGCUGCUGCAAGGCCGUGGUGUUCGACCGGCUGAAGGCCGAGUGCGACGCCCACACGGAGAAGAGGGGCUCUUUGCUGCACUCUCUGGCCAGAGUUCUUCAGCUCUUCGAUGAGGAGGAGAAGACGGUGCGGGAGGCGCAGGCCCUGCUGGAGGAGUCGUCUCGUCACGGCUGCCUGCAGAGCUCCUACCUGCUGUGGGAGCGCCGGCGCGCUGCCGCGGUGGCAGACCCGGGCAGGUACCUCCAGUGUCUGCGGACACUCAGGGACUACGCGGCCAAGGGGUGCUGGGAGGCGCAGCUGGCUCUGGCUAAGCUGUGCUGCAGUGGGAACCCUCUGGGCCUGGAACAGCGCACCUGUGCGGACCUGGUGGCACAGGUGUUCCGCUCCUGCCCGGCUCCCCGCCGACGCACCGAGGACCUGCUCCGCCGCGGGAUCAACGACACCAUGAGGUACAUUCUGGUGGACUGGCUGGUGGAGGUGACCACCAUGAAGGACUUCUCCAGCCGGGCCCUGCACGUGACCGUGGGCUGUGUGGACCGCUACCUGUCCCGACACGCGGUGCCCAAAGCCCGGCUGCAGCUCCUGGGCAUCGCCUGCAUGGUCGUCUGCACACGGUACGUCAGCAAGGAGAUCCUGACCAUCCGGGAGGCCGUCUGGCUAACGGACAACACCUACAAGUACGAGGACCUGGUCCGCAUGAUGGGAGAGGUCAUCUCUGUGCUGGAUGGCAAGAUCCGGACUCCCACAGUGCUGGACUACGGGGAGGUGCUCCAGGCCCUGUGCCCCCUGGAGAGACGCAGCUCCCACCUGCUGAGCUACGUCUGCGAGCUGUCCCUGCUCUACACCUCCCUGACCCUGCCUGCCCCCGCCAGGCUCGCCAGCGCCGCCCUGCUGCUCACACGAGCCCUGCACCACCACGCUCCCGUCUGGCCGGGCCAGUUGGCAGAAUACACAAGCUUCUCGAAGGAAGAACUGGUCCCCUGUGUCAUCGAGCUGUACACAAAGUGUUUCAGUGAAGACGUGCCCAAAGACUACAGACAGGUGUCCCUGACGGGGGUGAAGCAGAGGUUUGAGGACGAAGCCUAUGAGCAGAUCAGCAAGGAGAAGGUGAUGGGUUUUGGGGAGCUGUGUAACAUCCUGGGGGUGCCCGAGACGGAGCAGAUGCCGUCUGGCCCGGAGUCUUCCUCCCCCGCAGACAUCCACACCUUCCUCUCCUCCCCCACCGGAAACAAGAGGAGACGGGAGGACACCAUGGAGACGCACAGAGGCAGCUUUUUGGCCACCCCCACAGCAGAACUGUCCAAUCCAGAGGAGACUCUGCUUGGGGACAUCCUGGACUGGAGUCUAGAUGCUUCCUGCUCAGGAUAUGAGGGGGACCAGGAGAGUGAAGGGGAGAAGGACGGAGAUGCAUCCCAUGCGGCCGUGGUGCUCAUGGAGCAGAAGGAGGCGCCAGCAGACGUGCACCAGCACUGCCGCGCCCUGUCCAGCGACGAGGAGAGCCUCUGCGAGCGGGAGGCGGAGGAGGACGAAGACUGCGACGACGACGACGACGAGGAGGAAGGCGGGAGCCGCUCCUGGGUGUGGGUGGACGCGAGGGAGGCGCAGACAGCGGGAGAACCCCUCCUCCUCCGCCGCUCGUUCAGCGCGGACCUCCACAGCUCGGGUUACUCCUCCGUGCAGAGCGCCAGCCCGCCCCCCUCCCAGCGCUCCGGCCCCCUCGCCGAGCUGAGCCCGCCCCCGCCGGGGGCCUCCGCCCGGAUCUCCCCGCCGGGCCUCCACUGCGCCUCCCCCUCGCAGCCGUCCCAGAAGCCCCGGGGGCAGGUGAAGAGGAAGAACGCCGCGGCGCACAGUGACGAAGAGACCAGGGAGGAAGAGGAUGAGGUUGCCGUGGGUUUCCUCCUCCUGUAGAACACUGACCAGCACCGCACAACCCCCCUCCCCGGGUUUUCCACACACACACACACACACACACACACACACACACACACACACCACCCCCCUCUCCGGAGCACUUUGAGAUGCCGAUUUCUCAGCCCCAGAAGAAGGAUUUAACAUGGGUGUAAAACCACACCCUCUGAUACGCAAUGAGCUUUAAAGAGAAAAAAAAGUUAAAGGAAGACAGAACUCUUACUUGAAAUCUGUGAUGUUUGGCCUAUUGAUAUGUUGUCUCAGCUCUUUUCAGAUCCACUACUUGACACUGUGCAAGAUAUCCCAGAAUUCAACAGUAUUUAAUGAAAAGAAAAAAAAUCUCACUUGUUGGAUUUUUGUUACAGAAACCACUAGUUCCUUGUAUGUGUGUUUGUGGGUGUGGGUGUGACAUCGCAUUCAUCUCUGCCAACUUAAACAGUGUUUUGUCCACUGUUGCAAAAACCUUACUCAGGUGCUCAACAUUCAGACUGAAACCUCGAAAAUUGCUCCAGAUGAUCUGUAUUUAUACAAAGUGUUUGACACUUUCCCCAACUUGUCACAUCCUGCAGUAUUUUGAUUGUAUUUUUAGCCUACAGCAUCCUAAGUAGUACACCAGUGUGCCCCGUUACUGAUGUCUGAACCUAGGGGCUAAAUGUUACUGCACUCCUUUUUCUGAAGUCAUCUUUACAUCUGUUCUUUGCCUAAGUUGUGUGAAUGAAUGGUUUCUCUGUCACUCAUCCUCUAUCUUGAUUGUAGAAGCACAGGCUGUUUUGUUUGUUGUGGUGUUCUACGAUGACUAUGAGGAGCUGGUUUGUUUGUUGUGGCGUUUGUGGUGUUCUAUGAUGACUGGAGCUGGUUUGUUUGUUGUGGCGUUCCACGAUGACUACGAGGAGCAGAUGUUCAGCAUAGUCUACAGAGACAUGUCUACCUACAGAUGUGCAUGUACUGCACAUUCAUACGUGCUUCAUUGGACGUGCUGAAUCGCUUGCCUGUUGAACGUUGGGAGCCAUAGAUGCACAGGAUUGUAUACCGUAGGACGGGUAUUCAGUCGCUAUCGUCUCACGAAAGCGCACACACACACACACACACACACACACACACACACACACACACUAUAGGAGCGCUGCUUGUGAUGCCACCACAACCGGACCUGACCACUAGCACAAGGAGGACCGCGACCGCAACCACGCUGCUAAUUUAACGCGUGGAAAAGUGUGACGCCGCCUGUGGCACUUUGAAGUUUGGGGGAAGUUCAGUUCAAACAAUGUUUGAGGCUAGAGACGUAUGGCAACGUUUGCUGUGCUAGACCAAUCGGCUACUCUCGUGGAGUGCGCACCGAGGUUCACUGUGUUGCUCGUCUUUUCUGGAUGCCUGAAGGGAAGCUGUGACACUAAACUGCAUUAAGUUAUUCAUUUUUAAGAGUUUGAAAGUACUGUACACCUGCCAAUAUGGUCCUGUAACACUUGGGACAGAAGAGCUGUCCACAAACCAUUGUAAUUGUAAAUAGAUGUGAAUAGUUCUUUGCGUUAAGACUAUUUUAUAACAUGGUUUGUGUGUAAAUAUGUACAUUUGAGAAAGCUGUGACUGGCUGCUUUACUUGAAACAGAAAUGGAAAAAAAAAAGAAAAAGAAACACUGCCACGGUGUACCUGAAGGUAGCGCUCUAGCUUCCUUCAGUGCUGUCUGUUCCCCACCCCAGUCUUACCUGUGUGUGAAUCUAUUUUUAUUGAAUGCUUCCCUCCAAUAAUCAAACUGUUACUUGAAGGGAUUAUUUAAGGAUUGUAAAGCCUUGACAAAACGGUGAAAAUAAUUGUAUUUGAAUCUCUGGCUGCACUUGUGAUGUGAGCUGAACCUAAUGCCAUUGUGUGUGUUUUUUUUAUGUUUUAUUGUACUGUAGAACAGGGCACACAAAUGAAAUGCAAAUGCCUUGACCUAAUGGUCCUUUCAGUAAUCCAGGUAACGAUCUAAAGAAGCCUCUUGUUUUUUUUAUUUGUUUUUUUUUUUUUAUA